UUUUCUGUGUCACAGAUGUCGGGGGUAAACUGACUGUACACAUCCAACCAGUGUUUCCUCAUUUGUGAAUUUUCACUGCCAAUAAAUAUUCUGUCUUAAGAAACCAGAAGUUGUGGUUUUAUAUAUAUGACCGAUCUUGUGAUAUUCAGAGCCAGAAAGACUCAUCAUCCAGACAACAUGAAGGCUCCGUCUGUCCCUCUGCUCCUCGGCCUGGCUGUGCUGCCGUUUGGAUGGACUGUUUCUGCAGUCUUUCUGAAUGUCAGUCCAAAACAAAAGCUGUUCUUUAGAAGAGAAUCUGUCUCUCUGAGUUGUGUUGAGGAUGGGCAGACAGUGGAUGGAUGGAAGGUGAAGAGGACAGCAGAAGGACAGACACAGACAUGUGAUGGAGGUCCACAGGCCUUUUGGAGUACUGAUGGUUCCUCCUGUAAUGUUCAGUAUCUCUCACCAUCUGACAGCGGAGUUUACUGGUGUGAAAGCAGUGCAGGACAGAGAAGCGUCCAGGUCAACAUCAACGUAUCUGAUCAUUCCGUGAUCCUGGAGUUUCCCAAACUUCCUGUGAUUGUAGGAAGUAAUGUCACUCUGCGCUGUAGAACCAGAGAUGUGUCCACAAUGUUUUUCUUCAGGAAUCGGACCUUCGUUGGAACUGGUCUCACAGGAGAGUUUACCAUCAGGGAUGUCCAGCGAUCACAUGAAGGUUUCUACUCGUGUUCUACUGGUCUGUUGUCACGAUCAUCGAAGGGCUGGCUGAGUGUCAAAGAUCCAGAACCAGAUUCUUCUACUCCUCCUCCUCCUCCUCCUCCUCCUCCUCCUCCUCUUCACUCUCUGCCUGUAUUCAGGCUGCUCUGCCAUCUAGUGGUCGUGUGUCCGUAUUUCAUUUCCACCGUCCUGAUGGUGUCUAUCUACUGUAGCAAGAGGACAGCCAGACUGACCGGACCAGCCCACCACAAAAAGAAGAAAGGGAAGAGAGUCGAAUGGGAGCCAUACUGGCCUAGCUUUUACUUAAGGCUGCUCCUGCCUAAUGUCAGAUGAAAUGGGACUCAGGCUGGCCAAGCGGAUGUGCCCACAUCUUUAUAGAGACCUGCUCCAUCCACAUCUCGGAUCAAGCCCUCGACGGGUGGACUCAAUUUUAGUACAUCAAUGAUGCUCUGUGCUCAAACGGAGUCAGUGGAUUCUUUUCAUGUGAAGAUGAAACCAUAUUAUCAUCACUAUCUUGUUGCUGCUGUUUACAUUCCCCCACAAGUAAAUUCAAAAGAUGCACAUGCAUUUUAUUUUACUGAGGAAAACUUUUGAGUUGCGGGGAUCUUUAUCUAGGCUAAUGACCAAUAGUAUUGACAUAUUCCGUUGUAUUUUUGUUUUGUCUGGUAACCUUUAACUACAUUUUCUCAGUUUCACUGCAGUUUUCAAAUUCCCCACAGUAGCCUAAUAUUUGGUCCAUAACACACUUAGUUAACCACCACAUAUUUUUUGUUUUCCAGCUCAGCAAAACACUUCUGUUCAAGUUAAAACGCAGAGUUGGAAAGUUUUGCAUUUAACAGCAGUGAUACAGCACCACAUGUCCUGGCAUCAUGGAAGAUUUAUGUGUUUUUAUUAGACAAAGACUAAGGGCUGACUCAGUAAUUGUUGAGGUAUGAAACAUCAGCAGCUUCAGUAUUUAUUGCUCUCAGUUCAUGGCACCAACUCUCCCUCAUUGACUGAGACUGUGGGCCUUUGUGAAGCUUUGCCUCCAUCUGGUCCAGAAGAUAUUCUUUGUGGUGAAGGGCAGAAAACUCCGAUAAGACUGUCUGAAAAUGUUAGGAAAUAACUUACGAAAUGAUAUUGCUGUUGGAAACACUGAGACAGAACCAUACAUUAAAGGUGCCAGAAAACUGUAGGAUUUUCAUGUUACCCAGAAUCACAAUAUUAAAAAUAUAUAUACAAACUGUGCGCAACACCAGAACCCUCUGAGCUCAGUUGUGAAAUGUGCAGAUGACACCACUGUCGUCAGUUGCAUUUCAAACAUGCGAUUCAUAUUGGGAGGAAAUCAACAAUCUUGCAGAGUGGUGCACAGAAAACAAACUACUACGUCAGCAAAAAUAAGGAUUGUUGAUUUUAGGAGAAAAGAGGCAAUGACACACACCCCUGUUUACAUCAGUGGAACUGAGGUGGAGCACAUCUCUUCACUGGUUAGGAAAGCUCAGAAAUUACUGUAUUUCUUAAGGAAACUAUAGAAAGUAUCCUGACUCGAAACAUCACAAUGAGAUGCGUACAGCCCAGGACAGGAGGACCGUGCAGUGGGUGAUUAAAAUUGUCCAGAAAAUCAUUGGUACUCAGCUACCCAAAAUCUUUAAUUUUCACGUUUAUUAUUUAAAUGUAUACUGGCAUUCAAAUAAUAAACAUGGGAUGGCAAGUGGGUGGCAUAAAUAAAUGCUGAUUUAAUCACUUACAGUCACACAAAUGAAGACAUUUGAACUCAACAACUUUACAUCAUUGUAGCACAUUAGCAACGCAUUAAAUAGAAAUAUCUAAAGGUGGCAUUAGAGAUCAAUAAAUUGUUUGUUUGUUGUUGUCUUCAGACAGACAAGUACAUGUAUUUUUUCAUUGAACUUGAGCCUAUCACUUAGUCCGUCUCUGUCUCACUUAAUGUGACCAUAACAGAUCAUUACAUCGUAUGUGUAUGUUCAUUUCAAUACAUGUUAUUUUUUAAAUAUUAUAAAUGAAUGUGUUAAAUUUGACACCGAACUGGAGUGGCAGCUGGGGUAGCUAGGCAUUGUUUAUGUCAUCCCUCUAGAUCUGCUCCUAGCUACAGAGAAAUUUACUUCUAAUUAUAGUUAGCUGUAUACAGUCUCAUAUAGUCAUAUGUCUGGUCUCUGUAAACCGUUUCUCAUCUGCACUUUUGAACAUUUGAACAGCCAAUCUGUUCAACUGUCCAUACUGAUUGAUUGAUUACACUGACUUAUAAGACACUGUGACACUGUAAACACCAUACUCACUGUUAAAAGCAUUGACUGGUAGUUUUACACACACUGCACAGUGUUAGCCUCAGUAUCUUUACGAGGUCACAGGAUCUGAUGUGUAAGUACAGUAUUCUUGUCUCGAGGCAGGUUACAGCCUGACAGUUUUAUGAUUUCUGCUAGUUAAAUUCUGAGUUAAUAAAUUAAAUAACACUGCUGUCGCUUUAUUUUCACGGUAGAAACAAUGUCACAGCUGUGAACUCGACCCCAGUAAUGUUUGCGUUAAACUUUCGGAAAUCACCAAUAAACCUUUGAACCCAAAUGAGACGUCAUUAAUAAGCACCAACCUGCUCU